AUGGCAACAAAAGCAAAAGAGAGUACUAUAGUUGGGAAGGAGAAGAAGGCCCCAUCUUCAAAUUCUCACGUCACAAGCACCAAAAGGACCAAUAAACCAUCCACAGCAACAACUAGCUCCACUACUAAGGCUAACACAAGCCCAUCAGAGAAAAACAUCCCCAACUAUCUCAAACCUACAAUAAGCUCAAGCCUUGACCAGCCCAAGAGUGAUGCUACCAAAAAACCACCUCCAAACAGAAGAAGAUCUUUGGACAAACCACUAUCAUCUCCAAACUCAACAAAACAAAAUCACCCUUCUCUUUCAAGACUACACAAAGCCCUUGUGUCACCUAUACCACUUCGAUCUUCCAAUGUUGCACUUAAAAGCAAUAACCUUUCAAAACCCAUUUCAGAUAGGACCUCAAAGACUCCCAGUGAUGUAAAACCUAGGACACUGUUUGCAAAAAGUGCAAAGAAGAGCACCCCUAGUCUUUCUACUCCUACCAGCACUAAGAAGAAGGUAGCUAAUGAUCAUGCUUCUGCUGACUCAACAAACGCUGCAAAGAGCACUACAGAAGCGUCAGAUAUUGAAACUGAGGAAGUUAAAGAAGUUACAAAUCAAGAAGUUGAAGUAAUAAAGGUAGAAAAUGAAGAAGAACACGAGAUUGAACAUGUAUCUGAGGUUUCACUGUCACCUCAUGUUCACACUGAAUGUGAGCUUGAACGUGGUCAUGUGCUUGAGGAGUCUGAUAUACAUCAUAAUCAAGCUGAUAAUGAGAAGAUCAUUUCUACAGUGUCAGAAGAAGAAGCAGAGAAAGAGCCACAAGGCGAAAAAGCUGAAGAUGAACAUAAAGAGGAAGAGAACACAAACCAAGGUGAAAGCAAAAGUAAUGAGAGUCAAAUAGAAGAGCAUUCUGCAGCUGAAGAUGAACAUAAAGAGGAAGAGAACACAAACCAAGGUGAAAGCAAAAGUAAUGAAAGUCAAAUAGAAGACCAUUCUGCAGCUGAAGAAGAAGUUGCCAUCAAUGAAAAAGAAGAACAUGAAGGUGGGGUUAUACACAAAAGUGAGAACAAGAACAAGGAUGAGGCAAUGGAAAAGAAGGAAGCAGUUGAAGAAGGAGUGAGUGAAAGAGUUGAAGAGGUGAAGGCUGAAGCAACAUCAUCAAAGAAACAAUUAACAACAGGGGGAAAAGGUAAGAAAGAGUCUCAGGUAUCAAAUGAUGUGAUCGAAGAGACUGCAAGCAAGCUUUUGGAGGAGAGGAAGAACAAGGUGAGGGCUUUGGCCGGGGCAUUUCAAACUGUCAUUGAUUAUCAAACUCCUUCCAAAUGGGAACAAGAAUAG